AUGUUGGCACAGACGUUACGCCGUUAUCACAGGGUUAUGAUGGAUUGGGAUUCAGAACACGAAGGUAACACAGACCCAUUUUUUGGUUUACGCGAGCCUUUCUCUGGUCUUAAUGAGAUGGAUUUUGAGCUUCAUGGCAUCUACAUGGAUCAUGAACCAGACGAAGAGUUCAUUACUCCACUAGACAAGUGUAAGGAUGCAUUUCUUAAUGUGUUACUAAGUGAUGAAAAUAUUAGAAACUCUAGUUUGACUAAUGAUGUAAGAGCACAAGUGUAUCAUCGUGGUGACUUGCAAAGUGAUGAAGAUGAAGAAGAGCAAGAACAGUGGAAGAGGUUUGGUAGUGAUAUCAGAUCAACACAAGGGUCUGCUUGA